GGUGACGUCACUGACGGUGACGGAUGGCUACACGUCAGGCAAGUAUAAACCCCAUGGUACCCAAUAAAUUAUUGCAACUAUAAAUUACUUCUGUGCUCACGAUAUAAUGCCACGGCUACCGCCGGCACGAUGGUGUGCGUGUACGUACACGUACGUGCACGUGCGCGCUUGUGUGCUGUCGCGUCGAAGCCGAAGCCAAAGCCGAAGCCAAAGCCGAAGCCGAAGGUGGGGCGUGCAAACAAAGGUGGCACCAUCCUGAACUAACUAGCCCCGAUACGGCCACCACGAAACCCUUAUACAGCUACUCUUUCCUGUUUCCCUCCUCGCCCGUUUUUCCAUCGAGCGCGAAUCGCGAACCACGAUCCCGUCUACUCUUGCCGCAUUCACUGAGAACCACUGACGUAACGUAAUUCCAAGCAAUUCGUAAUAAAUAUCGUUGCGACGGCCUGGUUCGGCGUUAUUGGUGUAUCUGUCUCUCAUCUCGAUGCCUUUGGGGGGCUAAGAAGCGAGGCGAAGCGACGCUCGAAGGGACCGGGGGAAGAUAUUAUGGGCGUGCGAGUGAGUUAUACGCUUUGCCGCAUGUGUGUCGCAUAAAUCUGCUCCGACCUCGGUACCGAACCCCUCGCCACUGCACUGGAACAGUUUCUACACUUUCCUUCGGUACAGACAACGAAGAAGACGACAACGACGAAGACUACGACGAUUGACUGGCUAGUCGGCUAGCUGGCUGGCUAUCUAGCUAUCUACCUUAACAGACCGACUGACAGGCGAAACGAUCGAUAUCGAAGCGCGCUUCGUUCACCCUUUCUCUCCGAUCUGGCCAAAAAUUUCUUUUCCUCGCUCGUGUCCGCGGUCGAAAGAUUCCCGCUCCGAAUUAUUCUCGACGUCGAUCGGCCGUAAAGCUGUCGAUAUAGCGUUUCUCUUGGAACCACGUUCUGCCUCGCGUUACGGUAAGAUUAUUUAUAGACGAGCACCGUCUGCGAAGCGACGUCUUUACAAUCUCGCGACUUUAUCGCGACCAGAGAAUAUUACCGCGAAAGUCGAAACUCGCGGUUCGGAUCUUUUCGAAUGCGGACAAAGUAAGGGAAGAGAGGCUGGGAAAUUCUUCGGUCGCGACGAUCGGCUUGAAAAUUAGCUGUAGCGCGCGUGCUCAUCCUCGUACGCAGAAGAGACGAAGCACGGACUUGAACGAGAGGCGGAAGAAGGGUGAAGAGAUCGAGAGCUGGGUGCACCUGUCCUUCCGUACAUCAGCCGUCCGUCAUCCGGAGGACGGUUCUCUGUCGGUGUGCCGUCUUCGCUCGAACGUUCGCGCGUACCAGCAGACAUCGCACUUAUUUACGUUGACACAAUAUUUAUUAGGACGGAUCGGUGAGGCGGUCGUUCGAGCCGGCAACCUAUUUCGGGAGGCUGUGCUCGCGGCGAAAGACCGGCCAGUUCGGUCGUUCCGCGGGACAUCCACUCUCCUUCGGGAUUAAGAUACACAGACCGGUCACGCGUCUUAUUUUUUGACGGCUGUCACGACGCAUCGGCUUUGCAGCAACCAUGACGCGCGACGAUCAGAAGGGUCGUUGUACUCUACUUCUCGACUGUUGCUUUCCAGACGCUCGCAACUCGUCUCGAAUUCGAAGGGUUGAUAGUUGAAAAAAGCAUCGGCGAAAAGUGCAAUGUCGCGAUCGAGGGAGGUGGGUGAACCGCGGUUUCUCCCGCGACCACUUCGCGAGGGCCGCGACACCGGAGGCUGUGUAAACGAAACGAUAACCGGACGGAUCGACACCAGCUGCUCCGUGUUUGUUGCCGGUUCUAUAAAUAGGAGCGGACUGUUCGUUCUUUCUCGGGUACGCGCCUACCCGUCGCAAGAUCCUUUCCUUCAUUCUCUCGCCCGUUUUCUUUUCUCUCCUCUCGUAUCCUUUCUUUCGUCAACCUGCCGACUGACUUUCAAACUCUUUCUCCUGUCUCUUCUCUCAACCGUAACCGACUGCAGAGACGUUGCCUCGCUGACAAUUAUCGUUGUCACGGCCUCUGCAUCGCCGCUCGGUAACGAGAGUGACAUUUCGAAAGGCAGCGUGACGCGUACCGCAGAAGAUAGAGGGAGAGUCGAAAAGGACAGGCGUAGGUUCGAAGGUUACGAAGGGAGAACGAAAAACCUUUCCACACCCUUCUCGCGGUUUUGUUUCUUCAUCUGAAUCACCUUUCGUUCGAAUCCAGAAGCCACGAGAACGUCGCGGUGCUAACAGCGAAACGGGCUGGACGAUUUCAACUUUUUAAGCGGGAGUUCCAGUAACAGCGGCAGCACCUUGCGGCAGCCGCGCAUCGAUCAUCACUGUCGCCUGUUGCUCGAUCAGACGAACGAACGAACGAAGGAACGAAGGAGCGAACGAGCGGUCGAUCUUGCUGGACGCGUAGCCCAUCAUCCAUCAUCCAGUCGUUCUACCUGCAUCGGCGGACGCACCUACGGCGCGACCGUGCGCCUCCGAUCAUUAAUACCGUUCGUUCUAGUACGCGUGACACGAUUUACUUGAUCGCUUGCUCGUUCGCUCCUUCCCUCGUUCGUGUUUCGCGAAUCACAUCUAGGACCGCGGAAGACAAACACGCCGUGAACGCAGCUUGUUUCCUGAAACGACGUUCAAUUCGACGAUCGAUCGAAAUUUCCAACGAUAACCCGGACAUUACCGUGUUUUCAUUGGCAAACGCGUCGCGCUGAUCCACCGGCUCUUUCGUCGCGAGAUUCAGCUUUUACCACGUCGAGUCGCGUUCCACUCCAUCGCUCACCGUCACCUCGACACGUCUGUCGCUUCGUCAUCUUCCACUCUCGUCCUCCGCUUGCCCGUCUCAUCUUUCGCUCCGUCACCGUGUCGCGUCGCGACGCCUCGCGUCGCGCUACUCUCAAUUCUGUUGCUUUUUCCCCCUCGGUCUUUGAUACUUUUAUUGCAAUGAUUUUGUUGGACGUCGAAUCAUCGACGAGAAAGCUCGAAGCUUUGGUCGAAGAGAAACACGAAAAUCCGCAUGCACGAUAAAGUCUUCGCGAUCAUAGCGCGCGAUAAAUAGCCGGUCGAGCAAACGAUACGGGCGUCCUCGUCGCGGUAAUUGACCGCAGCCGAGUCACUUUCAUCCUCGCGGAUAUACGUAUUUGCUCUGUGAAUCCGGUCGAACCGGAGAAACGCAGCCACGGGGAUUUAUAAAUUCCUAUCGCGCGUUUUCUUCGAUUUCGUUACAGUCGAACGAAAUACCAGCCCCGAAAAUUCAAUUCAUCGAUGUUUCAACAGGAAUCGAGCGAUCCAAGGCUUUCCUUUGAAUCGCGUCGCGUCGUUUUGAUUCCACUUCUUCGAAUAACAUCGCGAAUCCUCGUGUUUCUCGAAAGCGUUUCGACCGAUCGAACGUCUUAAUCGGGUGUCGAGCAAACGGGAGGAUCGGUCGACGCAUUUUUAUGCACCGCUGGAAUCGUGAGCAACAACGGCGGUGGAAGAACGAAGGAACGUGGCGCGUUCGGCGAUGGGAGGAAGCGAUUCGACAGCCUGAUGGAGUGAGUGUUGACUUAGGAUAACAGUCGGCUCAUCGGUCAAUCAGUCAGGUAGACUACGGUAGGUCGGUGCUCCGUCUUCGGUUCGGGCCUGUCCUCUCGUUCGGACGGUUAAGUGACUCACGAAUACGACCGACCACCCCACCGGUUCCACCAGCGAAGACAAAGCGAUCGGGGAAGGUACGAAAACGAGCGCGAUAACGCGAAAGGGUAGACGUAGGAAAACCGAAUCGUGAACGUUUUACGCGCGGACUGCAAACGCGUGAGACCACGGGACAAUUUCAGAAUACGUUAGUAGGCUGUUUCGGGGGAGAAGAAAAGCAAGGCAUCUCGUGGAAAAGCAUGGAACGGGCAAGAAUCGUGAAAAACGGAAGUAGGCGACGCGUCCGUUUGCAAUUCGCGAGUCGGCUGCUUCGAGAGGAAGAAACGAGAGCAUAAGAGAGGAAAGGGAUGAGAAAGAGAGAGGACGGAGAAUGGAUUCACCCGUCAGUCACUCGCUGGCAGACCGCGAGAGAAUCACAAUGCGAAGCCUAGCCCUCCUUUGCUCUUCGUCUCUGUUCGUCCUUCUGUACGACCAGUCACUCCUCCUCACCGCUCCCUUCGCCUUCCUGCUCGUCCGUUCGUCCGUCUGUCCGCCUGUCCAUCCGAUCGUCUCUUCGUCUGCCUCCUGUCACUCUACUCGCCAGCCUCCCGACGCUUCUCUCGCAUCAGGAAUUCAUCUCCUCUCCUGUCCUGUCCUGCCUUGUCCUCCUCCGUUGCUCCUUUUGUUCCUUCCCUCCCUUUCUCGCUCCCUCACACCCUCGCACUCUUGCAUUCUCGCUCUUUUACUCGGCUCAUCCUCCUGCUCCGCUUGCCAGUUUCCUUGCUCUUCUCUGCCUUCGCGUUCAGUUCCACUCGGUGUGCUACUCGUUGUUACAUCUCGAAUCGCUCAUUACUACAUAUCGUACUACACACGAGACCGAUUGAGCAACCUUUUGCCGCUGGAAACAGACCGAUUCCUUCGUUCUUAAUCCUCCUAUUCGUCAACGUUUUUCCGUCGGCUCGUUACCUGUUUACCGACGAUCAGGCACAAAAGAGGCGGUGAUAGCGAGUACAGGGAAAAAUGUCUUAUCUCGAUUUACCCUGCAAACGAGUUAAGCUCGCGUGUUUCGUCGUAAAUAUUCACGACGCGCGAUGUUUUAACGACCGGUCUAAUUACCAGCAAACGCAACCGAUUUAACACGCCGGUGGUGCAUAAAUUCAAGCGGAACCAGGCUCGACGCUAUCCUCGACCGAUACCUCAGCUAGCUUAUAAAAAUCUCUGUCGAUGUAGUUGCGAGGUAGAUCGAAUCGAACCGUCGCGUCGACGGAAGUAUCGACGCGUAGUAUAUCGCUCUAAGUUUCUCCUUAAAUCUUGAACGGUAACGAGUGGCUAGCGGGGAGCGAGAACGAGAACGGGAACGAGGACGAGGACGAAGAGACUGUUCGAAGGAAAGGGUUUGCCGAUAAGACUAAUUAUUGUUGCGCAGCAAGUACCGAUGGCGGAUCUCGCUGCGAGAGGAUCCGGUGCGCGGCAUGCGGGGGAGGUGGACGAUCGCAGGGGACACGAAUGAGAUCGGCGAGUUCGUGUUGUCGGGGUUCCGUUCGUAGCUACUAAUAUAUCCUUCGAGCCAGCAGCAUUUGGCCGAGUCGGGUACGGGAGGAACGGAUAUCGCGCGGUAGCAUCUCCGAAGCCGUGUCAGGGCUCGACCGCUUUUAAACUCGGUACGCCACGUUCCUUAUUCCCUUCGUAUCUUUGUCGAGACUGAAUAUGCAGCAACCCCGCGUGCUGGCCUACUCGUUAGCGGUCUGCCAAUGAGGAUACGCGAUCUUGGCUCGCGCGCGACCAUUUGCAUUCUAUUUCUUUUGCCGCGGCAGACUCGUGUUUGUUAUUCGCCUUGCAAGUCCCUUGCAAGUGCAGGCCGCUUGGAAGAACUUGUUGGCGGGGGAUAUCGAUUGACUGGUGGAUCGAGAUCGAGAAAUAGCGAAGAAACAGCCUGAAGAGGUAGACGAAAGUUUGCUUCGCGGACGUGAACCAAGGGAAACGAGAACAAAGAGGAAGAGGAAGAAGAAGAAGAAGAAGGGAGGACGGAGUCGAAGGCUCAGGGCCCGGCACGGACCUCCAAGGGGAGGAGGGCGAUUGCGUGGAGGAUGACGGCCCAAUUAGCCCUAGCGAAAGGGGUUGCACGGUGGUGGCUAAAGAGGAAGAGGAUGGUGAUGCAACCGACGAAGAGGACGACGAGGACGCAUCAGCGCCAACGCCACCCCCUUCCGCAGCCGCGAGACUGAAUCCUACGAUUCUAAGGGAGACGGGACCCCCGGACAGAGAGCCAAUGAGUCCGCGCUGUCCCUCGAGAGAUUCUAGGGAGUCGUCCGGUCCGGCAACCGGAAGUCCUCCACCGCCUGCCACGAGGAGUACCGCGAGUCCAGUCAGCCCGAGUGGUAUCGUGCCAUUGCCGCUCGGUAGUCAUCCUCUUUUACCACCGCAUUCCGCAGCCAUGAUGGCAGCAUACCUACAACAAACCCACCAAAGGCUGCUCCUCGGCCACUCGCCACUGUCCCGAGGAUCGGUGUCGCCGUUGGUUUCAUCCUCGUGCUCUCCACCGGCCGCCACCCCUGGCCUGCUAGUCUCUCCAAGCAGCAUCGGCGAAGUAUCCCCUUCUGCCACCCCGUUACCCGCGGUCCUCGACUUUAGCACCAGAAAGGCUUCGUCGACCGAAGAUGACGAGGACGAACAGAUACUGAACCUGAGCAAGCCACCGACUCCUUCCUCCUCCACGGAAACGAACAACGGGCCGCUGGAUCUAUCGGUACCGAGCAGAAAACGACCAGGACCUGAAGACUCCCCGCCACCGCCAACUCGCAAAUCGUCCAGGUUAUCCGGCGCUGCCGCAUCCGCCACGACGGCACACCAAGAGGUCGCGCAAGCCGCGACGGCUGCUGGUUUCGGGAGGCCGCCGGUCGUUUCGCCGUGGACGUCGCCCGUCAUGGCUUCCCACUUACCCUACUUUGCUGCCGCGGUCGCGGCCGCGGCUACUAGUCAACAGCAACUUUCCCCGAAGAGUACCGCCGGUGUAAUGGAGCAUCACCAGCAGCUCUGGAACGGUAAGAUGAAACCACCGUCGACGUUGGACAAGUCCUAUCAACCGAGCGAGGCGACCAAAGCGCUCGAGAAAAUGAGCGAGUUGAGCAAGCUUGGCGGCGAAGACAUGUUCAGAUCGAGCUCACGGGUAACGGCGGCCGGAGCGAGUGCCGCAGCCGCGGCCGCAGCUGCAGCUGCUGCUGCUGCGGCCGCCGGGAACGCGACCGGUUCGACGUCCGGCAGUCGGCAUAGCGCUUGGCAAUCGCACUGGCUGAACAAGGGCGCCGAUCAGGCGAAAGACGUGCUCAAGUGCGUCUGGUGCAAUAAAAGUUUCCCCACGUUAGCCGCGAUGACCACACACAUGAAGGAGGCGCAACAUUGCGGCGUCAACACGCCCGUACCGGGUGCCGCGUCCGCGUUGCAUUCCCAACAGGGUAGCGUGCCGAACAUUCCGACGUCGCAACAACCCCACCAACCGCAGACAACCUCGACGAGCAGCAGCAGUGGCGCCGUGGCCGCUGCAGCCGCGGCCGCGGCCGCAGCGGUCGGUGCUGGUCCUGGUUCCGGCGCACCGAGCAACAAGCAGAGCCCGUCCGAGCUGAAUCUGCUGAUCAAGGAAACGAUGCCGCUACCGAGAAAGCUGGUUCGCGGUCAGGAUGUGUGGCUGGGCAAGGGAGCCGAACAGACCAGGCAGAUUCUCAAGUGCAUGUGGUGCGGCCAGAGUUUUCGAUCCCUCGCCGAAAUGACGUCGCACAUGCAACAAACGCAACACUACACCAACAUCAUCUCCCAGGAGCAAAUCAUCUCGUGGAAAUCAUCGGACGAGAACAAGGGUGGCAGCGGUGGAAGUGGAGGAAGCGGGGGCGGCGGUGGGGCGGUUGGUGGUGGCGUGGGUGGUGGUAGUGGUGGCGGAACCGCGGUACCUACCGGUGCCGCUUCCGGACCACAUCCAGGGAACGCAACUGGUCCCGGUUCCGGGGCAACCAGCAGCCACGUAAGUGCUGUGCUCACUUGCAAAGUUUGCGACCAGGCGUUUAGCUCCCUCAAGGAACUGAGCAAUCACAUGGUAAAGAACUCGCAUUACAAGGAGCACAUUAUGCGUUCGAUCACCGAGAGCGGAGGCAGGCGGCGACAAACGCGAGAGAAACGCAAGAAAUCGUUGCCGGUGAGGAAACUGUUGGAACUCGAACGAGCUCAGAACGAGUUCAAAAACGGAGACGCUGCCACUGGUCUUGGCCACACUCUCGGUAAGCACGCGGGUAGAAUAACGUGCGAAAAGUGCGGCGAGAAGAUCGAGACGACCAUCUUUGUCGAUCACAUACGACAGUGUAUCGGCGCGGGAACGAUGGGGGCGAAUCAACGCAACUUUUUAAAGAACGCGUUAAUGUCCAACCAUUUACCAGCAACCUUACCGCCGACCGAGAGCGGACGCAAGAGCGUCACCGAGGACAGUUCGUCCGUGUCCUCGAGGCACCAUCGGUCACCCUCGUCGGCCAGCGACGCGACAACACCAGGUAAAGAGACCCCGACACCCACCACCGGCGAUACUACCGGUAGUUCUUCUCCAUCCGUUCUAAACGCCAUCGAAAAGCUGAUCGAAAAGAGUUUCGACUCUCGCGUCAGACACGGUACGCCCGGUUUGCAUCACGCUCAACCUGGGGCCCCGAUGGGCACCAGUAUCCUCAAGCGAUUAGGUAUCGACGAAAGCGUGGACUACACGAAACCUCUGGUGGAUCCUCAAACGAUGAACCUCCUACGAUCUUAUCAACAGCAGCAUCAACAUCAACAACAGCAGCAACAUUAUUCCACUAGCACCGCGGCGCGGAGAGAACGCAGCGGAAGCGAGUCGAGCUCUGUGUCCGAGCGGGGCAGCGGCGGUAGAACCGAGACGAUGACACCGGAGAGGCGCGUGGAUCUGUCAUCGGUCGGCCACUCGGACGGUAGACAUUCCCAUCAUCCUCGCGUCACGCCGGACAAGCAAGUCGCUCCUUCGCAAAACUUGUCCUCGGUUCGUCACCAUCCAGCGACGGAGGAAUCCGGUGACGAAGAAUCGUCCGCCACAGCAGCGGCCACGGCGGCGACCACGGUAGUCGUUAAGAAAGAACCCCGGGACGAAGAGUCGGAGGAACGGGGGUUGGCAAACGAGGACGAACAGUCGCAGUCGCAACCGAGUCGCGAGGUGUUCGUGAAGAAGGAGAUCGUGGAGGAGUGUAGAGACGAGGAGGAACAAGGUUCGUUCAAUCAUCGACGAAGCAGCCUGCACGAAGGUUCCGAAGAGGGUCGCGAGGUAUUAUCGCCUCGCAUGAAUCCACCAACUCCGAGGUCGAGCGGACAACCGGAACAGCUGGGUCGCAGUCCUUGUAGAAACAGCACGAGUAGUCCAACGAGCAGUGACCGUUCCGUCACGCCACGCGGAACUCCAGACACCAAAGGAUCGAGCAGUCUCGGAGCGCUUUCUUCCAUGUUCGACAGUUUAUCCGGCGCUGGCGGUGGCGGCGGCGGGGGCGGUAGUGGGACAGGCGGAAGCGGUGGAAACGCGGCUAGUGGUUCGAGCAGCACGGUCGACUCGCAAGGCCGGAAAACCAGUAGUCAUCCGUUGGCGGCUUUGCAGAAGCUUUGCGACAAGACGGAGACAAGAGGUCCGAGCGGGAGUGGGUCCAGAUCGACUAGCGGUCCCGGAACUGCGUCCGGUAUCGGUUCAGCGGCCGGAAGUGGUGUGGGCGCGACAGGGCCGGGAUCCGGUACAACCCCGGGUGCGAUUUUAGCGUUCAGCUGGGCCUGUAACGAUGCCGUGGUCACCGCCGAUUCGAUCAUGAAGUGCGCGUUUUGCGAUACACCGUUUAUCUCGAAGGGCGCGUAUAGGCAUCAUUUGUCCAAGAUGCAUUUUGUGAAGGACGGUGUGAUUCCGGACCCGUUGACGAUCGGACGAUCGGCGGCGGCCGCGGCCGCGGCGGCGGCAGCAGCAGCCGCCGCUGCAGCCGCGGUCUCUCAGAGUUCGAGCAUCGGCCCGUCGACCGGUCACGCUUCUUCCUCGCCACCAACUUCCCAGCGCAACAAGUCGCCACCGCUGCCGCAGGCGAACGGCAGCCCAUCUCAGUCAGCGGCCUCUCCCCUAGAGGAGAGCCCGCACUCCAAAUUUCUCAAGUAUACGGAGCUGGCCAAACAAUUGUCCAGCAAGUACGUAUAGUCCGAGCCCCGUAAGUAGCGGUGCCACUUGUACAUAAGUGUAUCUAUACUGUAACGACUGUAACUAGCCACGCGGUUGGACACAUUUCAUCAUCGAACAUCCGCCUCGAUCGUUCGUCCUCUUUCGCUCGCGACUCCAUCGUCCGUCACCCAUCAUCGCUCAUCACUCAUCCAUCAUCCGUCGUUCGUUUCUUCUCGCGUUGAAAUCGCGUUUCUUAUGUUUCUUUUUCCCUUCCCUCCCUCGAUCUGUCUUUCGUUUAGUCUCUUCGCGUCGAUUUUCGAUUUAAACUACUGUCCGAAACUUCUUCUCGUACGGACGAUCGGAUCACGCGGUCCGAAGAAAGACGACGCGUCCAACGAGGAGGUGGAUCUCGAAGGUGCGUUAAUUAAAUUGUGAUGCCACCAUAUCUCGCGACACCGCUGAGUCAAGGGGCUCGGCGAGCGGCCAACUUUGUGAUUUUAUAAAUACUUAAGGACAUUUACGACGAGCGAGAGAAAUAGAGAGAGAAUGGGAGAGACUGAACGAAAAUUAAAGCAACGGAAGAACGUUUGGGGAAAAGGGAUGGUCGAGUAAGGAAACUAGUGACGGGGCUGAAACGAAGGGUUCAAAUUUGUCAAGAUGAAAAGAAAGGGAAGGCAUACCUAUCGAAGCUGUCGUAAGGUUGGAUCAGCAUGUAUACCUCUAGAUCGUAAGAGCGUAGUUGAUUAGCAAAUAGGCUAGGCUAGGGUCCGCCCUUGUAUAGGAAUCUCUUUGUUGACUCUUAUUGCUGCGAAACCGGUGAUAAAACGUUCGGAAUCGAAGCUGCUCGAUUGCUUGACGAGCACCGAACUCCGAACGAACAACAGCGAUAUACGAUGAAUGAAAGAAAGAAAGAAAGAAAGAAAGAAUGAAAAUGAGACAGAGAGAGAGAGAGAAAGGGAAAAUUAGCGAGAAGCAUCGAGAAGAAGCAACGAGAUGCGGUGCAAUAGCGAGGCUCGCAAUUAUUUGAAACGUGUGCACGGCAAGUCGAGCGCGCGCAACGUGGCGUCCUCGAACAAUACAACGUUUUACUUCGCUCGUAGCUCGUACGAGUAGACCAUUGUAAAUUUUCUUUGUUCAAAUUCACUAUUUAUUGCGCCGUGCGAGCCAACGCGUCAACAUUUUAAGUGUAAAAUACUAUCAUUACUAUCGUUCGGAUCAUCGCGAAUACGCCGUGUAUAUUGAUUACGAAUACGAACACGAUUACGAUUACGAUUACGAUUAUUCUAUUACUUAUGGGAAGAUGAGACAGAAAGUGUAGCAGGCCCCGUUCGAUGCCGGGAUCGUGUCUCGACAAAAGCGAGGGCGUGCCGGUGUGCGAAGAAUCGCUGGUGUGAAUUGGUUAAUGAAUGGAUGAGUGUUUGUUUGCGUGUCUGCGUGCCUGUGUGCGAAUGUGAAUGAGUAGCGCAGAAAAGCGCAAAGAGACGCGGGAAAACACGAAAACGCGAGUACGAGAAGGGAUUUGGUGGUGGCUCGAGCGAUAGAUCGAUGGGCGACGUGCGUUCGAGGACGAGAAAGUGCAAACCUGGAGCGGAACACACUUGUAUACGUAUUUCUUGUAAACUCUAAUUCUUCCAUCGCGGACUUUAAAAGUAUUUAUCGAUAUAACGAUAAUAUUAAUAUUAUUAUUGUAAUUAUAUACGAUUGCUGAGAGUGUGACGGAGGCGAGAGAGACGAGAGGUCUACGUGGAUGCGAAAGACGGCAUACGCGCACAAGCAAAACGCGGCGUGUACACACUCGCGAAAAUAAGAAACGAAACGUGGAAUAGCCAACCGUGCGAAAAAUACGCUCGAAAAGUACCUACCUACUUACAAAUGCGCAACCACAAAGAUAUGCAUCAUGUAUACGCGACUCUUGAAACCAUUUUACCAGAUUUGUCAUUAUUUAAUUAUUUCGGUUGUAUUUUAAAAUGCAAUUAAAGCUCAAAUAAAUAUAUAUGUUAUAAAGUAA